UUUCCACCACUCCAUCCCCCGCCAGAAGACCAGGCUGCCACACAUCUACCAGAGGAGAGGUGGAGGGAGGCAGACAGGUGGAUUUAUCCGUGUGCUGGUUUGUUUUUUUUAACUGGGGUUUUGGAUGAGAGAUGAACUGAUGGAUUAUUCUGUCGGAGACACGAUUCCCACUCCUGCCGAGGGCACCCGAAUGGAGUAACAGGCUGCAAUGUCAUCUCCACCUGGCCGCCUGGAGAGAUGUGUCACAGGAAUGGGAUCAAGUUUGCACACUUUUCCUCUGGUGUCACUGUGAGAAGGGGCCAAAAUGUCAGUAAACGCACGGGUGAAGGUGGCCACCUGCACGCGCCCCCGCACCGCGCCUGCAAAACUCAGCAAUCCACGCACGCACUCGGAAGAACGAGGCGCAAAAGCACCGCGACCGCAAACCUGCAGCAGCCGCGCUUUGUGACACCGAAGGGUAUGAUGGGUGCUGUAGGCUGGAUGUUGGUCCUACUCUCCCAGAUUGUGGUGCCUGUGGCUUCCCAGAAGCUUCCGGGGCUCAGUGUGGGUGUGAUCUUGGGACAGACACGCCCUGUUGCUGAUCAGGAGCUCCGCCCACCUCGGCGUUCCGAUGAUGCACUUGAUGUCUCUGUGGUGAUACUGAAGAUCAACCAGACGGACCCAAAGUCUGUGAUUACACAGGUGUGUGAGCUGCUGUCACGAACUCGUCUCCACGGCAUUGUGUUCAGUGAUGACACCGACCAGGAAGCCGUAGCUGAGAUCCUUGAUUUCCUCUCCGUCCAGACACAGCUGCCCGUGCUUGGAGUCCAUGGAGGCUCUUCUAUGAUCAUGCAUGAUAAGGACGAGUUGUCCACAUUCUUCCAGUUCGGCGCGGCCCUGCAGCAGGAGGCUCUGCUCAUGCUCGCCAUCAUGGAGGAGUACGACUGGCAUGUUUUUUCUAUCGUCACGUCCAAGUUCCCCGGGUACCUGGAAUUCAUCAGCACACUGAAAAUAACUGUGGAUCACAGCUUUGUGCGCUGGGACCUGCAGAGUGUUGUGGUUCUCGAUUCUGCAGACGGCGACCAACACACUAAAUCACACAUUGCCCUCAAGAGGAUCCAGAGUCCUGUUAUAUUGUUGUACUGCUCCAAAGAUGAAGCAGAGUAUAUUCUGGAGGAAGCACGUUCCUUGGGCUUGGUAGGAGCUGGCUACAUCUGGAUCGUGUCCAGCCAAACCACUUGCAACCCAGACUUUACCCCUGAGGUGUUUCCACUGGGUAUGAUCUCGGUAUCCUAUGACGACUGGGAGUAUCCGUUGGAAACGCGGGUGCGUGACGGCGUGAGCAUCAUUUCCUCUGCAGCCACCUCCAUGCUGCGGGAGAAAGGGGAGCUGCCCGAGGCCCAGGGCAGCUGCUACAGCACGGCAUUGGACAGGAGCCCCGGCAAACUCCCGCCGAGCGCCCUCCGCAGGCACAUGAUGCAUGUGUGGAAUGAGGGACGAGAUUUAUCCUUUACUCCAGAUGGAUACCAGGCGAACCCGAAAUUAGUUGUCAUCGUCCUGAAUAGUGAAAGGAAGUGGGAGAAGAUGGGCCGUUGGGAGAACGGGACAUUGACGUUGAUGUUCCCGGUGUGGCCGAGGUAUAACUCACACGGGGAUGAGGAUGCAGAUGAAAACCAUCUUUCCAUCGUAACUCUGGAGGAGAAGCCUUUUGUUAUUGUCGACAACGUGGACAUCCUGACGGGAACCUGCAUGAGAAACUCUGUGCCCUGCCGCAAGCAUAUCAAGACGAACAGCACAACAGGAGGCACCUACAUUAAGCAGUGCUGUAAGGGUUUUUGCAUUGACAUUCUGAAGAAGAUCGCCAGAAACGUCAAGUUCACGUAUGACCUUUACCUGGUCACCAACGGAAAACACGGCAAGAAGAUCAACAACGUGUGGAACGGCAUGGUUGGCGAGGUGGUGUAUAAGAAGGCAGUAAUGGCCGUUGGUUCAUUGACCAUCAAUGAAGAAAGGUCUGAGGUCAUUGACUUCUCCGUGCCCUUUGUUGAGACUGGCAUCAGUGUGAUGGUCUCACGUAGCAAUGGGACAGUCUCUCCUUCUGCCUUCCUUGAGCCCUUCAGUGCAUCCGUUUGGGUGAUGAUGUUUGUGAUGCUGCUCAUUGUCACCGCCAUCGCUGUCUUCCUCUUUGAGUUUGUCAGUCCGCUGGGCUUCAAUCGCAACUUGGCCCAAGGCAAAGACCCGCACGGUCCAUCGUUCACCAUCGGUAAGGCAGUGUGGCUCUUGUGGGGCCUCGUGUUCAACAAUUCUGUGCCGGUGCAGAACCCAAAGGGCACCACCAGUAAGUUCAUCGUGUCCGUGUGGGCCUUCUUUGCCGUGAUCUUUCUGGCCUCCUACACUGCCAACCUGGCCGCCUUCAUGAUCCAGGAAGAGUUUGUGGACCAAGUGACUGGGCUGUCUGACAAGAAGUUUCAGAGUCCGUACUCCUAUUCCCCUCCGUUUCGCUUUGGAACGGUUCCUAACGGCAGCACGGAGCGCAACAUCAAGAAAAACUACCCAGAUAUGCACCAGUACAUGACCAAAUACCAUCAGAACGGGGUGCAGGACGCGCUCGUCAGCCUCAAGACUGGAAAGCUGGAUGCCUUCAUCUAUGAUGCCGCCGUGCUCAACUACAUGGCAGGUCGAGACGACGGCUGUAAGCUGGUAACCAUCGGCAGCGGUUAUAUCUUUGCCACCACCGGAUACGGUAUCGCGCUACAGAAAGGAUCCUUCUGGAAACGCCUCGUUGACCUGGCGAUACUGGGCAUCAUAGGAGACGGUGAGAUGGAAGAGCUGGAGGCCCAGUGGCUGACGGGAAUCUGCCACAAUGAGAAGAACGAGGUCAUGUCCAGCCAGCUGGAUGUUGACAACAUGGCAGGCGUCUUCUACAUGUUGGCCACGGCCAUGGGCCUCUCCAUCCUCACCUUCAUCUCUGAACACCUGUUCUACUGGAGGCUGAGAUACUGCUUCACCGGCGUGUGUUCCGGAAGACCUGGUCUGCUGUUCACCAUUAGCAGGGGUAUAUGGAGCUGUAUCCAUGGUGUCCACAUUGACAUGAAGAAGAAGACUCCAGAACUGGACUUCAGCCCUCAAGCCAACAUGCUGCAUCUGCUCAAAUCUGCCAAGUCCAUCGCCAUGACAUCUCCAAAACGCAACACUGUCCUCCUGCAGCCUGGCAUCCUCGAAAUUAUGUCGGGGAAAGGUACAGGUAACUCACUCCAUAGUCUGCCUCCGAAGGGUCCUGGUCUCUAUAGCAACGCCGCUGGUCCGCAGGGUUUCCUGUCAUUGUCCGGGCGACACAAAAACCUCCUUAACAAUGUUGCACCAUUUCCUAGCCAACAAAAAGGCCCCACUCUGCAGACCAGCCCCAACAAGCCCCAGCUGUCCAUCACCAACGACAACGGCAAGACUCGCCUCGCCGGGCCAGCAUGCACCACAUCAAAACCCCGAGCCCUUUGGAAGAAAAGUGUGGAAACAUUGAAGACCCAGCCAACAGGCCCCGGUACCAGUCCAGCCCCAGCACCUGGAUCUGGAUCUGGAUCUGGAUCUGGACCUGGACCUGGACCUGGUCCCGGACCCGGGCCUGGACCUCCAACGAUGAAAAGCCAGCGAUACCUUCCCGAAGAGCCGCCGCACUCUGACAUCUCAGACUGCUCCAGCCGGCCGCCAUCACAUAAAGACGGGGAGUCUAUGGCACCCAGGGGUGGAUUCAAGCCUGUCAAUCAGCUGAGGAAAAGAGUAACAGGAGGAGGUGGAGGCGGAUCCAAGAUCUAUUCAAUUGACUCAGACCAGGGGAGUCUGCAUUCUGCUCCACAGUACCAGCGGGAAAGCCAGACGGGAGGUGACGACCACAGUUAUCCUCCUGACCUGUUUCCACCCGACAGCAUGUACUCGCACACGCACCCCCACCAAGCAGACACGCCCAUUUUACAGCUGAGCGCCAGCCUGCUGCAUCACAGCCACAGCGCCGAGGCUGACCUGCACUCCCUGAAGGACAAGAAAUACAGCACCUACACGCACAGCAGUGUGAAGGACAAAUCUGCAGGCUCAUUUGACGCCGUAGGGCCGGGGCCACCGGGCACCAGGCCAAGCCACUGUCGCUCCUGUCUGGCCAAGCUGAGCAGCUACUCUGGCCUUUACACGGUUCGAGCCCCACAGACGCGCUGUGACGCCUGCACCCAUCUGGGCAACCUGUACGAUAUCAGUGAAGACCACCUCCAGUCGCACUACUCGCACACACACCCUCACCCACACAGCGGGGACAUGUUUACGCACUACCUUCCCCAGACCGAGCUGGGCCUGGUGGGUGAAGGAGACGGGCUCGUCAGCCACUUUGAGCCCUCCCCUUCUUCUCCUGGUGCGCUACCCACCUCCUCCUCUGUCCAGCACCUCCAGCUGAGUCGCCAGCACUCCUAUGAGAACAUGCUUCCAGACGGCAUUCCGGAGCGGCAGCCGCAGUCCCACGCCCACCUACGGGGGCUGAGUCUGUCGGACAGAGAGCAGGAGCUGACCCUGGAUGAAGGGGCGUACGCUAAUGUUCUUACAAUGCGCUCCGAUCGUCCUAUUAGCAGCCGCAGCCCGCCGUCUCCGUCACCCACACACCACCUCAGUCUGGACACCCCCAUCCCCCUCCCCAGGCGAGCAAAAAGCCUCUUUCCUGAUCGGCCGUCUCACAACCCUUUCAUCCAGUCUGCACCUGGCACAACACAACGAAAUCCCGCCCCCCAGCCUGCCACACGCCUGCCACUAAGAGGCUCUACCCACGAGCUCUAUAAGCAGAGAAUGCCGGUGUCGCUUACACUUGGUAACCAUGGUAGCCACCAUAUUAACCAGCAUGGCGGCUAUGUUGACCAGUUGUUCUACCCUCAGCAGGAGGUCCCCGUGGUGGCAUACAUGGUCCCACCUGCUGCCUCUCAACCAAUGAGCUAUGUGACAGCGCCACGAGCAUCUAGCGCAGGCGGAAACCGGCCUCGACUCUACCGCCGUAUGCCCAGCAUUGAGUCCGAUGUCUGAGACAAAGACAAAGGAGGCGUGCGGCGCCGGACCAGGCUCUGAUUCUAAGCACAUACAGUCAAACACUCAGAUGCACUGUAGGCGAGCGACAGGACGGCCUGUCUAGACUAAACGUGUAUCAGUGAUGUGUAGAAAAUGCAUCGUUUCUUUAUCGCACCCUCUGUAGGGUGGAGCUUGGUCCACAGGGACACUGUGGAGCAUUAGAAGCUGUCAAUACGUCUAUCAAGACGGAUCGAAUUCCUGUUGGAAUAAGAUGGACACUGUGUGGAUGCUCGAAGCAGCCGUUGGAUCUGAUGGUACAUCAAGAUACGGAGAGUGUUUGGCAGACAAGCUGAGCCACCCUGUCCCGCCAUCUCUCCAGCGUCAAGGAGAUGAAGGGUCAGAGAAAAGACCUUUGUUCAAAGAUCACGCACACCGUUCACCGAAGCACGUCCGGGACUCUCCUGUUGCACUAUGAUUUCUACCAUCAACCCGUCGUCUGAGCUGCCAGGCUGAGCCGCCAGCAUGGCAUCACGAGCCGUUAACUACGUUACAGUCAGCCGAACAGCACUCGGUAUUCUUACAGAGUGCGGUUGCAGUACCAAAGUGGGGCACUAAAGGCACCUUUUUGAAUGCUGUCUUUUUUUUUAAUUGCUUUGAUAGCAAUCCUGAUUUUCCUGAUUACUGCCACUAGAGGGCGACUUAUAGAUAAGCAGGAUGUUUU